AGAAUAUAUUAUUUUUGUAAUCCAUUUAUUUUAUAAUGAUGUUUACAGGUUGGCAGAGGUUCAAUUCUAGAAUACCUACCUUAGCAGCAAGGUCUCACAAUCAAUUUUCACAAGGAAUAAACCAGCUGCAAGGAGGCGCCCUUGCACUUCGAAUGAUGAGUUCAGGGUUUAACAUAAAGAAAAAUCCACGAAACCGGAUGCUGUACUUUAAAAAUGAGAAUCAAGAUAUCUACUCACAGUACAAAAGGCCGAAAACUAUUCAAGAGAUGAAGAAGCUGCAAUCUUUCGUAAAGAAGAAGGUCUCAGAGCCUGGAGAAUCUCUGACUUCAAGCAUCCUCACUCAGGCCAAGAGAGAUGAGAGCUUUAAUGAUUUCCUGAAAGAGUUCAAAGCUAAGCAUGAAAAAGACUGGGCUAAUAUUAUUGACCUGACUAAAGAAAAGAAAGAAGACCUCCUGAUUAACAAAACGCUUGAUGAAAGGAAAGACGAGCUUGUCAUGCUUGAGGAGUUCAGAAGAAGGAAAAAUGUCGCUAAUUUUAGAGAAACUUUGCAUCAGAAGAGAGUCGAUGUUGGGCUUGAUGAUGGCACAACUUUGCCUAGAUAUGAGCCAGAUAAGUAUCUUCCUAAGAAGAGAUCUCCUGGUCCUCCUAGUAGAUUCUUUGCUCCUGAAGGAAAUGAGAUUUUUGAUCCAACUAAGUUUACCCUAUUGUUUAUGGAGACUGAUAGUGUCACACUCGUCACGAGAUUAAACAGAAUUAAUAGCAGGAGAGUUCUUGUAUUCUGUGGAAAUGGAGAGGGUAUUAUUUCAUAUGGUAAAGGAAAAGGACUUGAUUAUCAAGCAGCAUUCCAAAAAGCCUUUAUUGAGCUCAAAAAGAACCUUAUUUGCAUUGAUUUAGAUCAUUUCCAAACGCUAACUGCUCCGCUAUAUGCACGAUUUAACGACUUCAGGCUGUGGCUUUACCCCAGAGCAUCUCCCAAUUACUGGGGUUCCAUGCAGAUGAUGCACAUGUUGAUUCAAACAGGAAUUUAUCAUGUCAGGUUUAUAAUUAAAUCGAGGAAGAACGAUAGAUAUUCAAUGAUUUACACCUUCUUCAAGUGUGUCACUGCUAUUAAGAAGCCAACUGAUUUCGCGAAGGUUACAGGACAGAAACUUACUUCGAUCACUUAUCAUUCUCCACUGGGUGCAUCCAUGAUUACACCAAUGGUCCAUGAAUAUGCAGCUAACCAACGUCCUCGUUAAGAAUGAUUCAAUAUGAAUUAGAAUGA